CUUCUAUGCGUCAGAUCUCAGCCGACACUUUACCCCCCCGCCCUCUCUCUCUCUCUCUCUCGUUUUUUUCAACUCCACAACUCUCUUUUUAAGAAGGUAGUAUUACUUUUCCUACUUACCAAACACAGGCAGACACUGUUAUAGUACUCUCUUCUAUAAGCUUGUGCUGAUUCUCUUGCUUCCUCCUACCCAUUUCUCUCUGCAAGUCGGUGUGUCGCUUUCUGGAAAUAGCAAGUUUGUACUCUAGAGUAGUAUAUCUCCGCUUUCUAGGCCUUGUUCUCGGUUCUGAUAACCCAUGCGCAGUGAAACCUGGUGGCUUCACUGUCAAAGAUUCUUUCUAUAAAGUCCUUUCACUAUUCAAGCUGGAAUGGGUAGCAUAAUGGACCACAAGACAUGGCUUUGGAGGAAGAAAUCUUCUGAGAAGACCAUCAUCUCAGCUGACACGAUACACAACUCUUCAAAAGGAAAUGAAGAAGAGAUACAGACACUUCUAACCGAGAAAGCCGAAUUGGAGAAAGACCUGAAAAUCCUAAAUGAUAAGCUUUCUUCAGCCCUCUCCGAGUGUGAAGCUAAAGAUGAACUUGAGAAGAAGCACGCAAAGACAGCCCAGGAAGCAAUUUCAGACUGGGAGAAGGCUGAAGCAGAAGUAGCAUCCCUAAAGCGAGAAUUAGAUGAAGCUUUGCAACAGAGAGUAGCUGGUGAAGAAAGGUCAGUGCAAUUGGACGUGGCACUCAGGGAAUGUAUGCAACAGCUACGUUUUGUUCGAGAAGAGCAGGAGAAAAGAAUUCACGAUGCCGUUAUGAAGACGUCUAAAGAAUUUGAAAAAUCUCAGAUGGUUUUAGAGGAGAAGUUAGCAGAGACCAGUAAGAGGCUUGCCAAAAUAGGCAUUGAAAAUUCUCACCUUACCAACGCUCUCUUAGCAAAGGAAAAGUCAAUUGAAGAUGUUAAUAAACAGUUGAGUCAGAAGGAAGUAGAUUUUAGUGCACUAAUGACUAGAUUACAAUCCAUGGAGAAAGAUAAUGCUUCUCUGAAGUAUGAGGUUCGAGUCCUCGAGAAGGAGCUUGAGAUCCGAAAUGAGGAAAGAGAAUUUAAUCGUCGAACAGCUGAUGCAUCUCACAAGCAACACCUAGAGAGUGUGAAGAAAAUAGCAAAGUUAGAAUCAGAGUGUCAGAGGUUGCGUCUCCUAGUCAGGAAGCGACUGCCAGGACCUGCUGCUUUAGCAAAAAUGAAAAAUGAAGUUGAGAUGCUGGGAAGGGAUUCAGUUGACAUGAGGAGAAGGAAGUUGAAUACAACUGCUUUCAUGGUUGACUCUGUAGUUGAUGACUCUCCUGAGAAUCCAACUAAAAGGAUUGGUAUUCUUGCUGACCAAUUAUGUGCUAUGGAAGAAGAGAAUAAGAAUCUCAAGGAAACCCUUCAUAAAAAAGCCAAUGAACUGCAAUUUUCGAGGGUAAUGUAUGCUCGUUCAGCAUCUCAAUUAUCACAAGUGGAAUCGCAGCUUGAAGAAGUGUCCAAAGGUCAGAGCAUUGUAGAGCCAACAAGGAUUGCUCUUAUGUCACAUGAUCUCUCUCUGGCAUCAAUGUCUGACAUUGGCAGUGAUGAUAAGGUUAGCUGUGCUGAAUCGUGGGCUUCUGCUUUGAUUACAGAACUGGAACACUUUCGAAAUGGAAAACAAAAGGGUUCACCAUCAUCUAAAACUAUUGGAACUUCAGACAUCAACCUGAUGGAUGACUUCGUUGAGAUGGAAAGAUUAGCUUUAGUCUCUGUUGAUAAACCAUUUGGGAGUUCUCAGGCUUCUUCACUUGAAGCUAAUGCAAUUUCUCGCCCCUUGGAUGAGAGUUCCUCAGAGUUAGCUGGAAUGCAGAUAGUUCCAUUGUCUGACUCUGAAUCAGGCUUCAAUGUGUCAAACCAGGAAAUCAGGUCCAAAGAUACAUCUAUCAGUAAAGUUCCAGGUUGGCUUCAGGAUAUACUAAAAGUGUUAUUGGAGCAAAACCGCAUCACGCAGAGAAACCUGGAUGAAUUACUUGAGGAUAUCAGAGAAGCUUUGCCAUGUAUCUAUAGUCCAAAUUCCAUCAGUGUUGUUGAUGCAGGGGAAAGAUCAAACAAUCCUGAUGCAUUUAAUGCCCCAGUCCUGAGUGGCUACAUCUCAGAGAAAGCAUCAAAUAAAUCUUCAGCGAUGGUUUUAUCAGAUGUUGAUGUCUCGUUGACAGAAAAGAGCAACCCGCAGUUGCAAUUGGAUCUUAGAAAGUCAAUAGGAAAAAUAAUUGAGCUUAUUGAAGGGAUCAGUUUGUCAUCUCUGGAUUAUGAUAACCCCAAUACGUUGGCCAGAAAGGAUGGCAAUACAUUCACAUGCAAGAAUUCGGAAACAGCGUCUGGGUACAUGGUCCGGGUUUUCCAGUGGAAAAUUUCUGAACUUGGUGCUGUUUUACAACAAUUUGUUCGUAUUUGUGAUGAUCUGUUGAGUGGAAGGGCUAAUAUUGACAAAUUUGCCCAAGAAUUAACUAUUUCUUUAGAGUGGAUUAUGAACCAUUGCUUUUCCCUACAAGAUGUUUCCAACAUGAGGGAGGCGAUUAUGAAGCAUUUUGAUUGUGAUGAAUCACGAAGUGAAAGCGAGGCAGAAGUUGGAACAAUUGGUCAUUUUUCCGAAGCAGGACGUGUUCCAAGAGAAUAUUUAUCAUAUUUGCCCCUCACUGCUGCUUCAAAUGGCAAUCGGCUUAUGAAUUUGAAGUCUGCAAAGAAAGACUUGGAAGGAAGGCCUCAGUCAGCUACUGAUACCAGUGAAUCCUUGAUGAGUCAGCUCCAUGAAUCCGAAAAAACCAUUGCAAGCUUGCAAACAGAGCUGGAAACUCUAAAAAAAUCAACACAAAGGAUUGAGAAUCAAAUCAAAAGUCACAAGUUGACAAAUGAAGAUCUUGACAGACAGCUUACAGUGGCCAGAGUGGAACUAAAUGAAGCACAACAGAAGUUUUCGUCACUAGAAGUGGAGCUGGAUGACAAAAGGAACUGUUGUGAAGAAUUAGAGGCCACAUGUCUUGAACUGCAGCUCCAGCUUGAAAGCGUUACAAAGAAGGAAAGCCCGAGCAGUGACCCCAAUCAGGAAGAAAAGCAACUUCGGACUGAUUGGGAGAUUACAGCUGCUUCAGAGAAGUUGGCAGAGUGCCAGGAGACGAUCCUAAACCUUGGAAAGCAGUUGAAGGCAUUGGCUGCACCAAAGGAAGCCGCCCUUUUUGACAAGGUCAUAGCUAGCCCCAUGCCCACCACCCCCACCACAGCUACAACGCCAGCCCCACCCAAGGAUAAGAUCAUGAACCAGCGCACGUCUUUACUUGAUAAGAUGCUAGCGGAGGAUGAUGCUGUAGCUAAGAAUCUUCAAUCUCCAAAGACCAAAGAAAUAGAUGGAAAUUUCACAAGAAAAAUUAACGGGCCAUUCCAGCCUCCAGAAAAUAUUGUCGUCUUAAAUGGGGUUAGAUACGAGGAUGACAACACCUCAGCCAGGAGCCUUGCUAUUGUGGCUAGCAAAAAACGGGGAGGUGGGAGUUUAUGGAGAAAGCUGUUGUGGAGAAAGAAGGGUACCAGCAAGAAAGCGCCUCUCCUGUUUGUCCCAUGACAAACGUCUUAAUAGUAAUAAAGUGAUGGCAAGCUUGUUGCUCAGGUUCCUUCUUUUUCACCAAUGUUGUUGUUUGGUUUGUUGUGGGGAAAGUGGGAGAUAAUAAGUCUUGGAAUUUACCAGUCAUAUGAGAGAGAGAGAGAGAGAGAGAGAAGGGGGUGGGGGGGAUUUGAUAUUGUGUUUGUUACUGCUGUAUAUAGAACUGAUGCCCUGACAAUUAUAGAGGUUACAGCGCACUGAAGAUGCUCCUAAAAGGUGAAAACUUUUUACCUGA